AUGAAAUUAUCUAAGGACCAACUAGAUAAAAUACCCAUCUGGGUUAAACUAUUUAAUGUUCCUAUAGAGCAUUGGGAUGAUGAUGGUCUGGGUAGGAUAGCUAGUGCUAUUGGUGAGCCUCUUUACAUGGAUAGAUUAAUUGCUCAUGGAGAUAGGGUAUCAUUUGCAAAAGUUUGUGUAGAGAUUGGAGUUGAUUCCAUUUUGCCCACUGAUUUCCUUAUAAAAUGUGAGGGUAAAAGUAUUGAGGUGAGGGUGGAGUAUCUGUGGAAGCCUGCCAAAUGUACUAAAUGUAAGGUUUUUGGUCAUGCUGAUGAUAGAUGUAUCAAAACUCAAGUGGAAACUAUUGUUCAGAGUUCUAUAGAGCAACAAGUUCAAAAUAGUGAUGAGGAAUGGAAGACAAUUGUGGCUAAAGGCAAAAAGAAGGUGGGUGAACCCUCAAUUGAGGUCUCUAAUAUAGCAAGGCAAGAUGGGGGUCAGGUUGAUUAUGGGGUUCAAGACGUCCCAGUUACUGGUAUAUUAUCCAAGAUUGAGAUAGCUGCCUCAACUGAGGUCACUGAUGUUGCAUGGCAACAUGGAGGUCAGGAUGUUUGUGAGGUUCAAGAGGUUCCAAUUACUGGUUCAUCAUCAGAGAUUGUGAAAGCUGGGUCUGAGGAGCCCGAAUCUAUAUUGGAUCCUUCAGAACCUGAUCCUGAAAUCCAAGAAAAUCUUUAA